UUUAAUUCGGGUGCUGAAGAGUUCGCACAACACUUGUGGAAAAAUGUUGCGCUUUGCUUUCAUUAUUUUGUUGCAUUGUAUUUUAUUUUUCCAGAUCAGAUUUUGCUUCGCCCAGGAUAAUGAAUCAAGUAAAGCGUGCGGUUGCAUUUGCAAUUCUGCAGUCCAAGUCGGUGUCGUUGAAGAUAAUAUCGUUGAAGAUCGCAGUAGUGAAGUUAAGGCCGACAUUAAAAAGUCGGAAAGCGAAAAGCAACCCUUAAACGACAAUAAAACUUCGGAAAUCGAAAAGCCUUCACCUACGAAACAAGGACCAGUAUACACACCGUCUAGUUGUAUAGAAGCAACAGCUGCAACCUCUAAGAGUGGUGUUUACAAAAUUCAGAUACCACAGCUUAAUCUCAGCAGCGUGGAUGUGUAUUGUGAUGAGGACACUGAUGGAGGCGGAUGGUUGGUUGUUCAACGGCGUGUAAGUAACGCAGUGGAUUUUUAUAAAAGUUGGAAUUACUAUAAAAUGGGAUUUGGCGACAUAAACGAAAGCUAUUGGAUCGGUUUGGAAAAAUUGUACACACUCACUAGUAGCUGUGAGCAGGAGAUUGGUAUUAUAUUAAGAAAAAGGAAUGAAAAGUACACAUCAUACUAUGCAAAAUAUUCAAAGUUUCUUAUUGGUUCCGAGUCAGAGGAGUUUGUUUUGAAGGAAUUGGGUACUUACAGCGGCACUGCUGGCGAUUCCUUAACUUUUCAUUUGGGAAUGAAAUUUUCAACGGCUUAUCGUGAUAAUGAUCUUGAUCCAAAAAAUUGUGCUCUAUAUUAUAGAAGUGGUUGGUGGUUUAAAAACUGCUAUCUUAGCAACUUGAAUGGAGACUUCCUUGCAAUUGAUAAAUACGGUAUAAACUGGCAUACUAUUGGAGACCUGUUACCUUUACAAUUUUCGCAAAUGAUGAUACGACCUACACAAAAUUGUUGGAGAAUAUUAGUGAAAAAUAGUAUAACGCGAGGUGUUUAACUAUUUGCAAUACUAACGAGCAUUUUUGUAUACAUAUGUAUGAACCAAUAAUACAAAUUACAAUACAAUUAUUGUAAUUUUCCAAUAUACUUGUAUUCAGACUGUACUUUUUACCAUAUAUGGUUAGAUAUAAUAAUGAAAGUUAGUAAACGUCUUUUCCUGGUAAUUAUGUGCUCUGGUGCUAAAAAAUUUGUAAAAUCACGUUUAUCCUAUGUUUAUCUCCGAAUGGUUAAUACAUGGAUUUUCAAUGGUCAGGUUGACUUUA